UUUUUUCGAUGCUGCUGGCAUCGUGUUUCGUGGAGCACCGCAUAGCCUACUGCGGGCAAAUGCAGUCCUUCUGUUUACAUGAACCAGACAAGUAAUAGAAAAUUCUUUGAGAGUGCUCCGAGGGGAUUUGAACUCUCUCUCUCUCUCUACCAAUCUAUUUUCUCUAAUUCUAUAUCCUUUUUUGCGCCUUUUCUUCUCUCAGCAAUACCAACCCUAAUUCUUCUAAUGUUGAAUCAACAUCCAAUAUGGAAAGCUUAUUUUGAUGUCGGUUCUACCACGAACACGGAGCACGACUGAACUUGAGAUUUUAUUUUGGCAGACUUCGAACUUCAAUAUUGCCCCAAGCAUGCCUUUGUUCAUGGCCUUCUCGUACACAAGUUAGUUCCUUUUGUCAUAUGAGGGAAAAUCAAAGAGAAGUUCCGAACUUAAGACUUUGGGAGCAACAAAGCGGUAAGAGAGAUAUUCGAGCAGCGAAGCGGUAAGAGAGACAUCUUCGAACAACGAAGUGGUAAGAGGGAGAUCUUCAAUCGGCCGUCGGUAAGCAUACUCAAAAAAUUGGGAACUAUUGUUUCUAUCUUCUACCGCUCUAGUUUGCUCAAACUAUGAAGGCAAUGGAAAAGACAAUUUCUAAUCUGCAUGUAGAAUUGCUGCAGUACAUCCUGACUUUAGUCGCACAAUCAUCAGAUGGGGCAGCUGAUGUUGCAAGAGCUAAAUCUGUCUGUAAGGCUCUUAUGAAUGCUUCUGAAGAUCCAGAUGUCUUAAAAGCUAUAGGUUUCAAUAAUGUGAGGAUAUCAGGUCAAUACAAGUUAUUCCAGCAUAGCAAUGGCUUGUUAAAACUAUGUGCACAAGCUGGGAAUGUAGCUGCUCAGUACCUGCUAGCAAAGAUGGUAUUGGUGACCUCCUCUCAGUUGUUGACAAGACAGCUAGAAAAAGAAAGGUUGGAAUCUUCAUCUGGUGAACCAUGUUCUGGUGAAGUCCCAAUGGAAUAUACUCUAGCAGCUUUAUUUAUGAUCCAUUUUAUGCCUGGCGAAGCAUCGACUAGUGCAGCUUCACACCCAAGCCUGUCUCACUAUGAUCUGGUGAGGUUGUUCUUGUGCCGAUGCAGCCCUUAUGACUUGGUUGAAAUGCGUCCACAUUUGAAUCAUUAUAUUAGCUACUUCAUUGGACCUGAUGAUGAUGAUUGUCUCGUUUUAUACGAGUCUAUCAGAAAGUUGCAUUGCUUGAGUAGUUGCGUCAUAGCUAUGGAAGAGAUAAUAGAGAGAAUUAGUGGUUUUUUCCCAGUUGGUGCUCUCAUGGACUUUGCGAUAAAGAGCAAGGAAGCUGGUUUGACAGUUGAAGAAGUAGUCGGUGGUGCUGUUGGCUGGGAAUCUUUGGAGGACUAUUACAGGAAUAUAACUACACUGUUUGAAGAACACCGCACCAAUACAAUUCUUGCUUUUGGUCGUAUUUUUUUUCCUUGAAUGCGUUUGUAGGACGUUAAACUUGCAAGACCAUUUGCUGCUAGUAAAUUAAAUUGUCUCCGAACCAUUAGCUUUAUGUCAGGUUUAAGUAUUUUUAUAUUUAUACCACCUUGGUCUGGCAUCGCAUGUUCAACACUGGGAGAUUUUCGGGUUGUGACAGAAUGGUAAGUAGUAUUUAUUUCUACAUCUACGUAGAGAUUUUCGGGUUGUGACAUAAUGGUAAGUAGUAUUUAUUUCUACAUCUACGUGGAGGAUAGAGCUCUCUCUGAAGUUAAGUAUUACAUUAUUUUAUUUAUAAUAUUUCAUUCGUAAUUUUAAUUGUUUUCCUUAAA